AGAGAAUUUCAGUUUGCAAAACUCUUCAGACAAUAAGCAGAGCAUGUCUGGGCCCUGCUGGAGAGGAGAAGUUAAAGAAGGAGGACAGGAAUGCUGAGUGCAGUAGAGGAGCUGGGUAGAAUCUGUGUGUUUGGGUAGUUUCCAGCAUCAUAUUUAAUAUUUAACCUCCAGAUGAAGUGGAUCUAGUUUGACCCUUUGUGUCGGAGCUGUAAUGUUCUGUGAGCAGAGAGCAGCUGGUUCGCAUUAUUAUUUAGCUGCUUGGUCAACACCCUGCGUGGAUUCCUUCCUACCCUCAGCAGCUCUCUAGCAGGGACGGAGUUGGGAGGUCCGCUGGUUGCCACCAUGCUGUCUCUGGACGAGCCCCUGGACCUGAAGCUCCCUCGGCGGGCCAAUGGGAGGGACCGAGGAGCUCGCUCUCCGCCCCUCAACCCGCUGCACCACAGACGAGCCCGACAGCUCCACAUGGCCGAUGACGGGACGGCGGUCAUCGAGCCGGCAUCACCAGCGUCUCCUCACACAGGUGUGCUGGUGAUUCCUCAUGACCGGACAGAAACCCCCACCCCCCCAGCGGUGGACCUCAGCAUGUCCCCCUCCUCCCGACACACGCCCAGCUCUCCAGAAACCACCAACGGCAACAACGUCCAAUCAGGGAACAUCUCACAAGCCUUCCAGUUCUUCGUGCCGAUUGGAGCCGGGUCUGGACUCCACCUGCCCUCCUCCAUGUUCAUCAGCCAGACCAGUGAAAAGAGGUCCUCUCCAGACCUCUCAGCAGACGAACAGCUGGCCUGCCGCUGGAAGAAGUGCCAUCUGCUGUUUGACUCCCUACAAGACCUGGUGGACCACGUCAACGACUUCCAUGUCAAACCUGAGAAGGACUCUGGGUACUGCUGCCACUGGGAGGGCUGCGCUCGCAAAGGGAGGGGCUUCAAUGCCAGGUACAAGAUGCUCAUCCACAUCCGCACCCACACCAACGAGAAGCCCCACCGCUGCCCCACCUGCAACAAGAGCUUCUCACGCCUGGAGAACCUCAAGAUACACAACCGCUCCCACACAGGUGAGAAGCCCUACAUCUGUCCCUACGAGGGCUGCAACAAGCGCUACUCCAACUCCAGCGACCGCUUCAAACACACCCGCACUCACUACGUGGACAAGCCCUACUACUGCAAGAUGGUGGGCUGCCUGAAGCGCUACACGGACCCCAGCUCCCUGCGGAAGCACAUCAAGGCCCACGGACACUUCGUGGUCCAGGAGCAGGGCUCCCCGGGUGGGGUGGGCUCGCUGCUGAAGGGCCAGAGCUCCGGAGGGAAGGAUUCAGAGCUGUCCUACGUCAGCGGGGCCCACAUCAUCAUCCCAGGGGCCGCGGCCGCUCUCCUAGGGGGCCACGCUCUGCAGGGCCUCGGCGGUGGUCUGCCCCUGUCCCCCCUCAGUCCUCGGCCCCUGGACCUCAGCACGCUGGGCUGCCCCAACUCCCCUCCGGCUGGCCUGGGAGGGGCGUCCAUCCUGUCCUUCAGUGGCCCCCCGCUGGGCCUGUCCAAGGGCCCCCUGCUGUCCCCGGCCUUCUCCUCCUCCACCCUGGGCCUCCCCAUGGUGCCGGUCCUGGGGGGGGUGGAGCACCGGGCCCAGAACCACCUGGCCAAGAAGCCCCGAGGAGAGAAGGCCGAGAACGGGGCUGGGGGGGUCCUGAACCUCUCCACCGGGGGUCCUCAGGAUCCCCUGUCCUGGGUGGUCAUACCUCCUGGAACGGUGGUGCUGAAGCCAGCUGUGGUCAACUAACACACACACAGACACACACACACACAGACACACACACACACACACACAGACACACACACAGACACACACACACAGACA